CUCUCACUUUCAUCACUUUCGUGUUUUAAUUUCAACUCCCAAUUCCCCAAGUCAAAUUUUCCUCAUACUUAAACACUCAAUUCCACAAUGCAUUUUCCUUCACUUUCUCAUCAACAACAAAUCAAUUUCUGAUUCUCCACAAAUUCAAUUCGCAUAACUCUUCUCUGUCAUGAACGCCUUGUUUUCACAGCUGUCAUCAUAUACAGCUACUAUAAUCGGAAGAACCACACGAUUCGUCGCUAACCAUUCUAUCAACGGAAACCCUAACGGUUUCUCGUUUCCGAUUAAAUCACAGUAUUGUUGUGUUAGGUCUUUUCGUUCAGAAUUCGCGGUGACAGUUACGAAUACUCGGUGCUAUUCAACUAAAAAAGGACGCAAGAGUGGUUCUUCUCAGUUGCAUAAGGUGGAAACUGAAACAAAGAUGGAUCAGGAAAAGGAUGCUUUCUAUGUUGUAAGGAAAGGAGAUGUUGUUGGAAUUUAUAAUAGUCUCAGUGAUUCUCAAGCUCAAGUUGGAUCUUCUGUAUGCGAUCCUCCUGUUAGUGUAUACAAGGGAUAUUCAUUGUCAAAGGAAACCGAGGAAUAUCUUCUCUCGCAUGGACUAAAAGAUGCUUUAUACACAAUUAGAGCCUCUGAUUUGACAGAGGAUUUGUUCGGCACGCUUGCUCCUUGUCCUUUCCAGGAUCCUUCUUCUAGCAAAGGGGCCACAUCAAAUGUGGAUACAUCUAAAAAGAGAGCUCUAGAAGUGCUUGAACAAGAUAAUGUGCCGAAAGUAACUGGUUCGACAUCCCUCUCUGAAGACCCCUUGAGAAAGCAAGUCAAGUUAGAUCAUGCUGUUGUGGCCAAAGCAUCUUCACUUGCAAAUAAGACUUGUAUUGUUGAGUUUGAUGGUGCGUCAAAAGGAAAUCCUGGAAGAGCUGGUGCUGGGGCUAUUCUGCGAUCUAAAGAUGGGAAUUUGAUUUACAGGGUUCGUGAAGGCGUGGGUAUAGCAACAAACAAUGUUGCUGAAUAUCGUGCAAUGAUAUUGGGAAUGAAAUAUGCUCUUAAAAAAGGAUUCACCAGUAUCUCUAUACAAGGGGACUCUAAACUUGUCUGCAUGCAGAUUGAUGGUUCAUGGAAAGUCAAGAAUGAGAACUUGUCUACAUUGUAUAAGGUGGCCAAAGAACUCAAGGAUAAAUUUGUGUCAUUCCAGAUCAGUCAUGUUCUAAGGGAGUUCAACUCCGAGGCUGAUGCUCAAGCAAAUUUGGCCAUCCAUCUUGCUGAUGGCCAAGUUCAGGAAGAGUAUGUAGGUUAAUUAAUUCAUGGAAGUUAAUUGUUAUUUUUGGGUUCGUGGCGGAACUCCUGCAAUUUGCGGAUUCUCGUCGCCGUUCUUUCAUUUAUUGGUGUCAAUUUUAUAGCAAUCAAACCACAAGAAUAAAUGAUUUUGAACUAGUCGUUUAUCACUUGUCAUGAACAUUUGGCUAAUGUUUUAUAGCCUAGUGUAUUUUGACUGAUACAGUGUGGAUAAAGGCCCUCAGCAGCCAGCAAUGCUAGUGAAAGUAAUAUUUGACAUCAGACUUUUUCAAUUUUUGUCAAAGGUUGUGGAGUGAAAGAUUCCCACUAGCGACUUGAAGUUGAAUUUUGUGUUUUUCAUUCUUGGGGGAUAUGGUAGAUUAGAAACUCUUUUUUGUCUAUUGCAGACAUGAUUAUUACUAUUAUUCAUUUAUUAUACUAGUUAUGCUUCUGGUCUGAAAGUGUUGUUUCAUUUCUUGUAACAAUAUCAAUAUUAUGUAACCUCGUGCAUAAAACAGUAUUUGGUGAUGAAGUUAUCUCUAGGGUCAAUAUGGCAUAUGAUUAUUUGCUUAAUCAGUGAAGUGGAUCAGCUUUGUUUA